AUGACCACCAUGGCUACCAUGUCUACUCCCCUAUUCGAGCCUGCCUAUGGCUGCGAACAUCUAAGGAAUAUUUUUGAGAAAGAUACCGACGCUGCUACUCGCCUUGCGGAGAAUUACACUAAACUGAACGGCAAAGGACCGUGGAAUCCAUCGCAAGUGCGGUUGGCCCCGUCUGCGAGGCGUGCAUCUGGUUCAUUGUUCACUCUGAAACCGCAAUACCAAUGCCUCCACUGUCCAGCUGUGGGUGUGAAGGCCGCACGCUGUGAGCAUAGCUCACAAACAGGCCACAUAUUCUUUGCCGACUACCGAAGCAAGCACGUUUUCUGUCAAGGGUGCGAUGAUCUGAUUUACGACGUAGAUUUGGAAAGCGUGUUGAAGAAUACGACCGAGUCCAUUGUCUCGAGGAAGCGGAAGGUCGAUAAUAUGGAAGACGACGAAUACGCAAGUUACAUUGCAUUGAACACGAACAAGAAAGUUUGUGGCAAAGAAGGCGUUAGGGGCUUGUUCAAUCUUGGCCAGACAUGUUAUAUGAAUGUCAUUCUCCAAACUCUUUUCCAUGAACCUGUCUUGACGGCUUACUUCCUCGGAAACGGUCACGGUACCAGCGAUUGCCAAAAAGUGAAUUGUUUCGGCUGUGCUCUUGCCGAUGCCUUUGCAGAGUUCAGCAAUGAAGAGAAAGAUGAAGGAUUUGGAGCCCUCAACCUUCUCCUUGCCUCAUGGCAGAAAUCCUCUGACCUUGCCGGUUAUCAUCAACAAGAUGCUCACGAGUUCUAUCAGUUCCUGGUAAACCAGCUUCACGAGAGCACUCCCGGCCACCUCGACUGCGAUCCUACUUGUCGCUGCUUCUUCCAUACGGCAUUCUUCGGUAAACUACGGAGCACCAUCACAUGCGGCAACUGCGGUAAAGUCUCCCGUACCGAAGACCCAGUAAUGGACGUCAGUCUGGACCUUCAAGUUCAGAAGAGGAAGCGUGCACUUGACGGUGGAGAGCAAAAGUCUGACGCCUCACCAACACUACAAGGCUGCUUAGAAGGCUAUAUAUCCCCUGAAAAACUAGCGGCCAGUGAAUAUGGCUGCAGCCAGUGCAACUCUAACAAAGGCGUUACAAAACAGCUCAGACUCAGGAAGCUGCCAGUCAUCCUAUGCAUGCAGUUGAAACGGUUUGAGCGGAACCGCUCAGUCUCGGAAAAAGUCGAUACUAAGGUAUCAUAUCCCGCCACUAUUAAUAUGAUGCCGUACACCACACGGCCAAAAUCUCCCAACAGAUCACAGUUCCAGUACGAUCUGUUGAGCGUUGUGGUGCACAUUGGCGAUAUCGAUUCAGGCCACUACCUUUCCUACUGCCGGCACGGUGAGCAGUGGUUUAAGUUCAACGACGACCGGGUAACGGUCGUUACUGAGGCCGAGGUGCUGGGCGCCGAUGCCUACCUGCUGUUUUAUACCUUGCAGGCCUACGCUUCCUGCAAGUAG